UUUAUUUUGCUUUUGAGUAUGUUCAUCUUUUUGAUGAUGUAGUCUGGUUAUUGUUAUGGACGAUGGCGGGUGAUUGUUGGAAUAAUUUACCAACAGUUGUUUUGGUGGAUAUAUUUUCAUAUUUGUCGCAUAAAGAUCGUAUAAAAGCCUCUGCAACAUGUAAGCAGUGGAGAUCAGCAUUGUAUCACCCAAGCUUUUGGAAGAACAGACCUAUCCAUUUCAAAGUCAAUUCAAAAGACCUUUCAAGUAUUCCCCGGACGCGGUUUUUAUCCAACUUUUUCGCCAAGAGUUUGCAUCAUGUAACUGUUAGCUUCGACUGGAGUUCUGGGUUGUCAGUUAAAGAGGCUUCUAAAGUACUUACUAAGCUUGGCUUGAACAACAUAUUACGGACUUUAGUUUUGAAACCUUGGUACAAUCGGACUGAUAACCCUGAAAGAAAAUUUGGGCUUGCGGAACGCUACAACGUUAUUGAGAGGCAGUUCGUGGUGCCGCUGGAGGCGGUGAUCCAGCAGUCGCGGGCGCUGGAGACCCUGAACCUGGGCUGCUCGGAGGAGCUGGUGGCGUACGCGGGACCCGUCCUAGAGCUGCUGGCGCUGCACCAGCCCCGCUCGCUGCGCCACCUGGGGCUCGCCUCCGUCAAGGAGGACCCCGACAACUACCAGCUCGUAGACCUCGACCCCAAGUGGUUCAUGGCCUUCCAGAAGCUGCAGGUGCUGAGCCUGGACUACGACUACAUGAACGAUGGACUGCUGGCAGCCCUGAGCGUGAUUACGCUUUGCAGGUUGGUAGUGCACGUGCAUGGCAUCCACGAGUCCCACCCGCAUACUUCGGAGCAGUCGUGGGCCAUGUUCACGCAGAACAGUCCCAUGUGCCAGCUGCGACUCACACUCAUCCACUCCUACGAAGCUGUCGAGGUCUUGCACUCGCACAUCCUCAAGCCUUCGAUGCCACUCACGCACCUCAAGGUCCUGUUCUGCGGUCUGAUAAACUUGCGUGCCCUGAAUGCGCUGUACCUGUGGUACUGCGGCUCGUUGACUUCGCUGUGGUGGGUCGACUCCAUCGACUCUGCGACCAACGGCUCGCUGCUCGUCGUGAUGGAACCCGUGGACCCUCCGGAACCCAUCGUCAUGAUCGCGUGGCGCUGCAUCAAGCUGGAGGAGCUCGUCUUUCUCGGUUACGACUACUGGGACACGAACCUUGUCGCAGUGUCUCGCCUGUGCAGCGCGCGGCUCAGGCGCCUGGAAGUGGCGGCUUGUUGCAUUUUGGCCCAAGAUGAAGGCGUACCUUACGAAGCGGAGGUGAGGAAGGUCCUCGGCAAGCACUGGCACUCGCUGCUGGACUCGGAGCUGCCGGACGCCGUCCGCAGCUGCGACCACGACUCGGAAGAGUUCAUCCUGCCCGUGGUGAUGCACGACCAGCUGUCGCCGGCCCACAACGCGUGUCUCGACUAGCUGCCGCCGCCGUUGUUUGCACUUAUGUGUUCUUUUUUACGUCUGUCCUUGCAUGUUCGGAGCUAUACUGUUGUUGGUACGUAACUUUCAAGUUAAAUUGUUUUUUUAAAAAAAAAAAAUUAAAAAUUCAAUGUUUUAUGUAGAAAUUUCUCAAAACUUUUACUACAUUAAUAUUAUUUAUUUUUAUUCGGUCUGUAAAUGUUUGAUCUUUUUUAUCCUCUAUAGUGUUAAGUUAGGGGGUUUUUUUUUUUUUUAUUGGCUCUCUCUCAUCCCUCUUUACAUAAUUAUAUUUUUAGACCAUGAAAAAAAAAAGUAGUUCAGAGUGGAUUGCCAAAUGGAAUAGUUUUUAUUUAAAAUUGUCACUUUUUUGUAUAGAAAAAUGUGUUUCAGAGUUAUAAAAUUAAGGGUUUUUAAUCAAUUAGUGUUAUAAAUUUUUUUUUUGUAGAAUUUUAAAUCUCUGCUUACAAGAAUAGUUUCCCUAAGUAGUAAUGAACGUAUUUAAAGUUUGGAACAGUGAUCAAUGACAGUUAUGACUUUUAAUGUGUGUGGUUACUGGAUGAGUAGGGCCUGGAAAAUUUCGGUGUUUUCAGUAUGCAAAAAGCGGUACUUUCAAAUUAGAAAAGCGGUGGUUUAAAGUCGGUAUUUUCGUUAUGCAAUGGAAAUUUUACCGGUAUUUUAAAUGUUGACUAAAUUGUGCAGUUAUUGAAUAUAAUAGUUUACAUAUUUAAUAAACAAUCCAUGAAUACUAGGAAUAGACUAAUAUGCAUAAUAACAGCCAAUGAAAUCCAAAACAGUUACACAAAACAGACACGUUGCUAUAGAUGUUUGCAACUACAAAUUUUCUUUUUUUUUUUUUUCGGCUGCCGAUGCCACAUGUUUUGCCGACUUUAGGUGUUUGUCAAUGGAAUCUUUUCUUUCCCAUGAAACUUAGUCUAUGGUGUAAAAGACAACUUUUUAAAUUCAUAUUACACCUCGGACUCGCAUACCCCGAACAAUGGGUUCCGAUAAAUACUCCCGCUAAGUGAAUUCGCGUCACGCGAGUUCAGCUAUGCUAGCCGGCUGGUGGUUAUUUUCGUUCAAAACGUGGAGAAGGAACUUGUGUGGAUCAGGUAGAAAACAUUCGGCAAUAAACGAAAGAUAUAAGAACAAUGCUAUCCUGAAAUGCUGUGACAUGUUUUUGGAGUAGAUAAUCACAGUGACAGACCGACAGGAUGCGCUCCCGCCCUUGCCGUCAGCUAUGUUUAUUUUGACAGCUCAAGCAAUUAUCUUUUCCACGUCCCUUCACAGCGUAAAAAAAAAAGGAAAUAAAAAACAGGUUGGAAUGCGGAUGGAAAAGUAACUAUGCAGUAAAAUAAAUAUAUUUACGGCCCUGAUAAAUUUUUCUAUUCAAUAAAAUUCGAGGUAUUAGUGAUUUUUUAGCAGAAACUGCUGUGUGACUAAUAAAAAAAUUGUAUCAUAAUAACUUAAACUUAUAAAGUAUUUAUUAACGGCAAAGGACAGUUGUAUAAGCCCAUAAAAAUAUUUAUUUUACCGAGAAUGGACUAUACAACCUGGCUUUUGUCGCACGCAGUGUGAGAGGGGAGGAGGAUGCUGACAGUUUCUCACGCAGAAGGUUGAAAUAAGGGAGGGAAUGUGUUGAAAUGU